GAAAUAAAACCCCCGGAAUAAAGACCCCCGGAAUAAAAACCCCUGGGAAAAAAAACCCCAGGAAAAGAAACCCAGCAAAAUUCAAAUUCAAAAUAAUUUCUUAUACAACUGCAAAUUUUAUUAUUUUCAAUGUUCAUUAGCUCAUUUCUUCCCUUAAUCCCAGACAUUCCUAAUGAGUUUUUGUAGUUAAAUGGGUAAUUAAUGAGCGCGGUAAAAUAAAAUCUCCUAUUAUUAUUGCAUUUUGCAAAUCUUGUUGAUAAGUGCACUUAAUCGUAAUUAGGCAUUCUUAAUGGGGUUACAUUCUUUUCAAUCCCAUUGACGAUGGUUUCUAUAUAAAUUAAUAUUUUCAAAAUAAUUGUUACAAUUUAACAAACUAUGGAGGUGAUAACUUCAAAUAAAGGUGGUCAAAAGUUAUGUUUUGGUGGUUACAUGUACGUUGUACAUAAACGAUGUGCUAACAAUAUUCGCUGGAGAUGUAAUAAAUAUACUUCAUUAAAGUGCCGGGCGAUACUCGUCACGUCGUUGGACAAUGAGGAUCCAGAUUUACGGGCAGAGCAUAAUCAUCCUAAUAAUGCCGAAGAAAUCAAUGCGGUCAAGUGUAUCCAAGGUAUGAAGGUUAGAGCUAGGGAUACAUUGGCUAAACCUAUUCAAAUAUAUGCCGAAGCUGUGCAACAAUUGCCAAACUCGACACGUGCUGUAUUGCCAACUGAAGAUGCAAUUAAAAGGACGUUGCGAAAUCACAAGGGCGCUAAAUUUCCAGAUCCACAAAGCUUGCAAGAACUUCUUAUUGAAGGCGACUGGCGUACUACAGGAGAGCCCAACAAUGAAAGGUUCCUCCUACAUGACAAUGGACCAAAUUCGGACGAGCGGGUGAUAAUAUUUGCUACUGAUGGAUGUUUGGUCCAUCUUGCGAAUUCUACAGCGUGGUUUGUAGAUGGGAACUUCUCUCUAGCGCCAAAUCUUUUUUUGCAACUAUAUGUGGUGCGUGUCAAAAUACAAGGACUUUUUGUAACAUGCGCUUAUAGUUUGUUGCAAAGGAAGACACAAACCAGUUACGAAAUCAUGCUCAGGGCACUAGUAAGCAGUUGCGAGGAGAGAAAUCUGUUUCCAGAUCCUCUAUCAAUAAACAUGGAUUUUGAAAGAGCUGCAAUUCAAGCAUUUCAGGCUGUAUUUGGAGAUCAUAUUACUAUUCGCGGGUGCUUUUACCAUUUGUGUCAGUCUACCCAACGAAAAUUACAAGAACUUGGGUUGCAACGUCGCUAUCGAGAAGAUGAAGAUUUUUCAAACUUUUGUGGUAUGCUGGACGGCUUAGCCUUUCUACCUUUGGAAGAUGUUGCCAGAGGUAUGGAGUUUUUAAGGCAAAACAUCCCCGAAGGUGCCGAAGACCUCGUGGAGUACUUCGAUGCCACGUACGUGUCAGGGACAAAUAGACGAGUAGGAAAUGUCAAUGAUGAUAAUGUGCGGAUACGAAAUGUCCCGCCGGUUUUUCCUCCGCCUUGCUGGAAUGUACAUAAUACCACCCUUCAAGACGAUGAGCGGACUAACAACCAUACCGAAGGUUGGAACCAUCGAUUUUCGACCUUGGUCGGCCAAAACCAUCCCACCGUAUGGGUGCUCAUACAAAAAAUGAGGCAGGAAUUAUCGACGGAUGAAACCAAGGUGCAGCAGCGACAAAUAGGAAGACAAAUGCCGAAAAAGAAAAAGCCAGCUUAUGUUGUUAUGCAGGCUAGGCUGAAACUGUUAUGCGAAGAGUAUCGGGAUGGAGUAAGGAAUUUAGUAGAUUUUCUAAAUGCUGUUAGCCAUAACAUAAGAUUUUAAUAACCAUACAUGUACAUGUGUUCAGUGAUCUCACCUAAUAAUAACUGUUACCCUGUACCAUAAUG